UCUCUCAGCACUGGGGGACUUUAGGCAGCAGGACCUCAGGCCACAGGGAACUACAACAUGUACCAUCCACGAGAGUUGUACCCUUCCCUGGGGGCUGGUUACUGCCUGGGGCACCCCCAGCCCGCGGCAGACUCUAGCUUCCCGCCUGCCCUGGCGGAAGGCUACCGCUACCCUGAUUUGGACACCCCCAAACUGGAUUGCUUCCUCUCCGGAAUUGAGGCUGCUCCCCGCACUCUGGCUGCCCCCCCACCUCUACCCCUUGUGCCCCCAGCCAUGGGCACUGAACUGCCACCAUCUACUCCAGAAGCCCUCCAUUCACUCCCUGGGGUCAGCCUGAGCCUGGAGAACCGAGAGCUGUGGAAGGAGUUCAGCUCUGUGGGAACAGAGAUGAUCAUCACCAAAGCUGGGAGGCGCAUGUUCCCUGCUUGUCGAGUGUCAGUCACCGGCCUGGACCCUGAGGCCCGCUAUCUAUUUCUUCUGGAUGUGGUUCCAGUGGAUGGGGCUCGCUACCGCUGGCAGGGCCGGCGCUGGGAGCCCAGUGGUAAGGCAGAACCCCGCCUGCCUGACCGAGUCUAUAUUCACCCUGACUCUCCUGCCACUGGUAGUCACUGGAUGCGGCAGCCUGUGUCUUUCCAUCGUGUCAAGCUCACCAACAGCACACUGGACCCACAUGGCCAUCUGAUCUUGCACUCCAUGCACAAGUACCAGCCUCGCAUACAUCUGGUGCGGGCAGCCCAGCUUUGCAGCCAACACUGGGGGGGCGUGGCUUCCUUCCGUUUCCCAGAAACCACAUUCAUCUCUGUGACAGCCUACCAGAACCCACGGAUCACACAACUGAAGAUUGCAGCCAAUCCCUUUGCCAAAGGCUUCCGGGAGAAUGGCAGAAACUGUAAGAGGGAGCGAGAUGCCCGUGUGAAGAGGAAACUGCGGGGCCCAGAGCCAGUAACCACAGAGGCCUAUGGAAGUGGAGAUGCACCAGGUGGUCCCUGUGACUCCACCUUGGGUGGGGACAUUCGUGAGACAGACCCAGAUCAGGCCCCAGCCCCCCGGGAAGCUGCCCCUGCCCCAGGUCCCCCCUGUGGUGGCCCCAGUGCUGAGGCAUACCUCCUGCACCCUGCGGCUUUCCAUGGGGCGCCCUGUCACCUUCCAACCAGGAACCCCAGCUUCCCAGAGGCUCCAGAUUCUGGGCGCCCCAGCCCCUACUCAGCUUCAUUCCUGGAGCUGCAGCCAGGACCAGGGGGCUCAGGGUACCCAGCCGCUCCCCCUCCAGCAUCCUUUGCCCAGCACUUCCUCCAAGGGAGCCCCUUCCCCCUACCAUACCCUGUGUCUGGGGGGUACCUAGAUGUGGGUUCCAAGCAUAUGUAUUGAGCCACUGCUCAGCCUCCCUCUACCUCCCAUCACAAACCUCUAGUUCCCUCCUCCCCCCCCCCGCCCCCUCACAUCCACUGGCUCCAUCUCCUACACCAAAUGGCAGCCUUGGGUCUGCCCCCCCACUUCACACCUUGAUUUCACUCCCACCCCCCUCUGGCUUCAAAGCUUAGCCUGGGCUGCUGCAAGUCCAGCUGGGGCCAGCUUCCCCUUCCCUGCUCUCACCUUGGUGUGAAUGGAGAGGGGCUCCGCCUGGCCAAAUGGGGCCACAGACCAGCAUCCCUACCUCCUGGCCCUGUUUGGCUCAGGCAAGUUCUAUCCCCUCAUGAAUGGUGAAAGCCACACCAGUCUGUUGUUCUCAAAACCAGAGUAUUUUUGUUAAUAAAACUCAAUAGUGCUCAGGAAA